GAUCCGCAUUUCCCAUACUCCAGUUUACUCCUUCACGAAACCGGUUGACCUUUAAGUACAAUACACUUACACACCUACACUCAUAAGGCAUCCAGUCGCUAUAUAUCAAUGAGCACACUCGGUCCUGCGCACACGCGUCCGUCAGUCGACACGAUAUCUCAACUUGAACACUUGAGAACAGUGUCACUUAAAAAAAUACCGUUAUAAAAUCGAAAAAAGAAUUCCAACUUCAAAAAUAACGUUCGAAUAUGAUAAACGAACACUUAUGGAACUGCAUUUGAAAUUUGAAGUUUUGAAAUAAGAACGUUUGUGUGUCAGUGUUUUUUUUUAUUAUUAUGGGUGCGUUCGAAUGUGUUAGUGCCAGUAAAAUAUCGCCGACUGAAAGCACGGAGGUUUUUACUAUUAACAUGGCCUCAAAUACAACGUUAAAUCAAACGAGGCGGGAUCUAGAAUCACAGUCUUCUGGCGUGUGUGCGAAGGGCCGCAGUCUCUGGUGGAUUCUGGGGUUUGAUAUCCCAUUGUUAUUAUUCAUUCUGGUCCUCGUUUGGCUCUUCGAGCUGGGCGUCAUUCCGUUCCACAAGUCGGGCUUCUACUGCAACGAUCCUGAUAUCUCAUUCCCGUUUCAUGGCGAUACAGUCACCGGGGAGUUUCUCAUGGCAUCGGUGUUCCUGUUGCCUCUCGUUGUGGUAUUUAUGACGGAAUUCAUUUUCCUCGAUUCGGAAAUCGACUGUGGAUCAAGAUUUUGCCGGACUCUUAAGAAUACGUUCCAUCUGUACCGGGCUUACAUCUUUGGAUUUAUCGUGAACAUUGGCAUCGUCGAGGUUAUGAAAGGAAUCAUGGGGAACCCUCGGCCGACCUUCAUGGUUUUAUGCGAGCCUGAUGCCGCUAAGACUUGCAAAGAUUCUGAGUAUGUGAGCGAAUUCACGUGCACUUCUACCAAGUACUCGAGCAUGCUCCAGAUGGAUGCAUCCCGAAGCUUCCCCUCGGGACACGCCUCCCAGUCCGUCAAUUGCGGACUUUUUAUCGCGUGGUACCUCCAGCGGCGCGCGUUCAACUGGCGCUCUCGCUCCGUGUUUGCGGUGCCGGUGCUGCAGCUGUGCUGCCUCGCGUACGCCGCCACGUGCUCUCUCACCAGGAUCACAGACCACAGGCACCACUGGUGGGAUGUGCUUGUUGGCACUGUCAUCGGAAUCGCCACUGCAGCUUAUGCUGCUGUAAUAUGCGCUGACUUUUCAAGCGACCAAUCGAAGGCAAGUGACCUGAAAUCAGAGGAGAGUCAGCAGACUGUGGGGACUCUACUUUAUGACGAGAGAAGGCCCGUCACAGCGCCCCAGUGACACCAGUGCUGCAGGGAUCAAGACUGGGUUAAAUAGAGACUAUAGGUAGAAAGACGAACGAGAUGAUUUUGUUAAACUUAACAAUGAAGUGACAAAAAAGGCUAGGUUUAUUGUUAGUAAUUAACAGCGUGAUAUCGUAUUGUUACUAGGGGCGGGUUUUCCUAUAUAUUGCGUAGGGUCACCCUAAGGCUACAAAAUUCGGUAGUUUUUUAAAGUUGCAGUUGUUUCGUUUGUGUACCUAAGUGGCUAUAAUGUCACACUCACGAAAAAUAUUUAAAAAUUACCCCGCAACAAAAGGAAAACUGUUUUACUUAAUAAAAAAUGUGGGAGUAAUAAUUUUGUAGGCUUAGGACGGCCAACGUAUAAAAUUCGCCCCUGUUUGUAUCAAAGAGUGUCAAACUGUUGACUGCACGCUGUCUUAAAGGUUUAAAUAUAUUUGGGGAGUAAGUGUGUAUGGAUAUUGGAUGUAAAUUAAGAUGUGAAUGCUACAGACAGACAGUCAGUCGCUCUUCAAUGUCGUACUGUUUUUGUGAUUGUCAGGGGGAAUUUGCAUGUGACUAUUAAAUGUUGGAUAAUUUUUGCACGGGUUGCACCAUGGCAUAUUGGGGUACUAAAAUUAAGGUAUUUAAGUAGGUUAAUAUUCAAGAAUAUGGAUAUUCUUAUUUUUGUAUAAGCUGACUCGGCGAACCUCGUAUCGCCUUAGAGUCGAUUCUUCAAUUUUAGUUUGACCUUAGCUCUUUUUUUCGUGCUAAAUUUUCUGUAUUUGUACUUCAACGAACAGUUGAUACUUUUAGACUAAUAAGUAUGUUUUAAUACAACGAGAAAUUCCUGUGAACACCGAAAUGACUUAUCAAAAGAAAUGCAACUGUUUUAAAAUACCGCCAUAUCUUUCCAGUUAGGUAGUUCAGUUAACUUUAAGUUUAAAUUAUAUACAUGUUUUGGUGUAAAUUUUGAUGUAAUUUUGUGAUGGCGCCUUCGGAUGUAUAAGGCUUUGACUUUUAUGAUGGUUUUUUAGGUUCUAGCACUAGCACUGAAAAUAAGCACUAACAUUGGGAUUCCUAAAUAAUACUGUUUAGUUUGUAGAUGAUAGUAUUUAAAUUGACUAUUUUUGUGUUCUUUGGUGCUAUAAUAUCAACUAUCAGUGAUAGCUUAGUGGCAUGACCGUUGGAAUACCAGGUCAGAGGCCAUAGAUUCAAAUCCCAUACACACAUGUGCAUGCUCAUGGAUCCGAAAAUUAUGUAAGCUGUUCCUGUAUUCUUUGUUGUAUAAAGUUAUUAUUUCUUAGCCAGAAAUGAUGAAGAAAAUAUCGUGAGAAAACUGGCAAUCCUACGAGUUUGUUAGGGUGUGUUAAGCCAUGUCACUAUUGGUUGUACAUCAACCAUUAAAUUUACGAUAAUAUUUCCAUAUAUUUUGACAAGAAAUCAAUGUAUGUUUUGACAUGUUUUAUUUUCUAUAGCGAAUUUAGUAAAAUACAAAAAUAUUUCUUUAUGUACAAUAUUUUGAUAGAUUUCUCAUUUUUAAUUUAUUUAAUAACAAAGGGACCGUCGUCGAUGCUUCUUAGAUUAGAUUAUUAUUAAAUUGAUGUACAUAUCAUUAUUUUAAUGAGUACAAUAUUGUACUCAGUGAUCAGUAUUAUUAAAAUAUUUAUUGUUUUAAAAAUGUUGCUCAAAAGAAAAGCAGUGUUUUUUGGAAGGGACCAAGAAAUGUAGACCGGUACUUUUGGUACGAAUUAUAGCAAUAUUUUGUUAAUAAAAAUAUUUUCAAAUUGA